AACAAAGCCUUUGUCUCCGCCGCCAGCUCUUCUCCGUGCGGGAGCUCCGUCAGCCCCACGGCCCUCACCUGCAGCCGGGGGGGGGUGCGUUGACGGUGCCCCGGGCCCCGCCGGGGACUGUGCGGCGCUGCCGGGGCUGUGCUGGGUCCGGAGGUGCUGCUAGCGCCGGCUGGGCAUGGCAGGCUGGCGGAGUGGGCUUUGCUUAAGGCACGCUGUGUCAGGGUGGUUCAGUAUCGACCGAGUACGGUGUUACACGUAAAUUUAGUAAGGGCUAUUUAUGAGCUCUUAGGUCUUGUGACCGUCCUCCUGCCAAAAGUUCUCUGGUGGGGUGAAAAGUUCGUUUAAGAAGGGUAGGCUAACAUUUCUGUUGUGAAAUGUUAAAGAACUGGUAUUUGUGGCUUCUUCAAAAUCACUAAGGCAAGCUUCUCUUUCAGGCUGUCGGGGAUAUUGACAGAGACCAGUGGUUAACGGGACUAAGUAGCUCCAGCUCCCUCCAAAUGAAAGUCAGCUUAAUUUAAGUUAGCAGUUACCGAGCUAGCUCCAGCUCCCUCCAACUGACAGUAGUUAGCUGUUUAACUUUAUGAAAACCAAACUUUCUUUUCAUCUUCAGCAUAAUAUGGCUUAAUAGUUGAUUAGUGCAAUUGGAGCAACAAUUUCCUUUUUCUAAUUUUCCUCUUAAAAAGAGUUAUUCUUCCCUUCCAGACCUAUAUCCCAUGACUUGGUGCUCUAGUUGCAGCCUUACUCUUACAUCAUUUAGACAGCACGAAAGCCUGAAACAGUUUGUUAAACUUGAGAUCUUCAGGUGGGACUGUAGGAGGCACUUCAGAAAGAUACAAGUCAUUCAUCAGGAAAUGGGUUGGUGUUAACUUCGGCUGUGCUUGUGUAUGCUGUGCUAAAUUAGUGCUCCUUGGAAAUCUGCAGAUGCUGCUGUUUCCCACCCCCAAGUUGAUGACCAGCAGGAUGGACUCCAUCCACCCUGAUGCAUUUUCCUCAGGAGGCUGAAAACAGCUGUCAGGGUGUGGAUAGAGUCUGAGGAAUUAAAUUGUUGCCCUGUGCACAGGGAUGUUUAGAGUGUGCUGUAAAAGUGUUCUCUCUUAAAAUGCUUGCUUUCUGUGAUUGGUUAUCUAUUUGGGGCUCGUCUUAAGGACUUCUGCCCAGCAGUGUUGAUAGGUAUUUAAAAAGCAAGCAGCAUGUUUGGCCCUUAGUACUGCAAAAACUUAAGCAUGUGACAUUUCAGUCAGGUGAGGCGUCUCAACAAAGCAUGCUUAAACUUAUUCAUGUUAAGUUUUUCCUACUGAAUAUAUCUUCACGUGGUUUUAGUUGUUCUUCUCUUGCAAUAUCCCCAGUUACGAUUUUCAAGAUUAAAUAUUCUAAUUUUGAAAGCAGGUUAUGUUCAUUCUAGUAGUUCUUCUACAGCUCCGGCAUCUUAUGCUGUGCUUCUUCGAGGUGUGCAGGCUGCUCUGCUGUCAACUUUGAUAAUUGCUUGAAUUGGCUUCCCUCUAAAGCACAGGGGUCCAGUUGAGUAGUAAAUACCUCUCUUAAGAGGACUACAGAGUCUUCCUACUUCUCUCUCUCUCCAAUAUGACACUGUAAUAGAUAAAUUAUGCUGCAUUUAUGAUGAAUUCAAGAGAUUGCUUUACUUCUCUUUGUUCCAGUGGAGAAACAAGAUUCAACAAAGACAAGAUACUGCAAGGUCAAGGAGUAGAUGAGCCGCUCUCUGCAACUGGUUUCAAACAAGCAGAUGCUGCUGGUUUAUUUCUCAGUAAUGUAAAAUUUACUCAUGUCUUUUCAAGUGACCUCCUUCGAGCAAAGCAGAAAUACGGUGUUGCAGAAGGAAGGCCUUUGACUGACCUCAAGGCUAUGGCAAAGGCUGCUGGAGAACAAUGUCCUGCAUUCACACCUUCUGGAGGAGAAACGCUAGAUGAAGUAAGAGAACGUGCAAAGGAUUUUUUUGAAUUUCUAUGUCAGCUAGCUGUUGAAGUGGAACAGAAAGAGCGAGAGAUGCAUGGUGCAGCAAGCAGAAGCUCAGGAACAUCUGAAGAACAGUCAGUUUUCCCUUGGACAAAUCACUGCAGUCAGCCAGGACUUAGCUCUGAUAAUGGUGGAGCUUCUAACGUAUUAGAUGCCAAUAUCUUAGUGGUGAGUCAUGGAGCCUACAUGAGGAACUGGAUUGGUUAUUUUGUUUCAGAUCUCAAGUGUACUUUACCAGCAAACUUAACAAAGUCUCAGUUGUCUUCUGUCAGUCCCAAUACAGGAGUUAGUCACUUCAUUAUAAAACUUCAAAAUGGAAGUAGAUUAGAACCUGAAAUCAGGUGUGUUUGUCUUAAUCAAGACUCUCACUUGGUGGAUGUGGGAGCUGAAUGUGUAGCUCAGAAAGUGUUUUAAGAGUUUUUAUAGGGGGGAGUGGUUUUCAGUCACCAUUAUACUAAGCUUGGGAAAGGUAUUUAUAUCGACUGGAGUUAUUGGCACUAAACUGCAAGAUUGAAGACACGCAACUGCCUACCAUCUUAAAAUAACAUUCAGUUUGCAUGCUCCUAGUACAUGUAUAAGUUGGUGCUGGAGGAACAACACAUGUUCUUUAUGAACAGUUACAUCCAGUCACUUGCAUGCCUGCUCCUACAGUGAAUACUUUUAAACUGUUUUUUGUUAGUCCAUAAAUAUUUUAGUUAUCUUCAGGUAAAGCAGUUGGGGCAGGGGAGGGUAACGGUACCUUAAAAAAUGAACUAUACUGUAUUCUUGUUUUAUUACAAAAUGCUAUAUUGUAGUAUUAACACUUGUUAUUUUGAAGUAAUUUUUUGAAUGCAAUAGUAUAACUUAAAAAGGGGUAUUGCCUAGUGGAAAAGGUUGGUACAGAGUCAGAUGACACAUUCCUGGUUCUGAUACUAAAUAACUGUGAGACUCUGGGCAAACCUCUUCUCCAUUUUCCCAACAGGGAUGAUGAUAUACCUACCUCGCAGGAGUGUUUUGUAAGAAAAUGUUAGUGUGGUUGAGACCUCUGUUGCAGAGCACUGUACACAAACAAAGUACUUAUUUUUAACUGUAAGCAGAAUGAGGAACCUCAUGCGCACAUAGUUGAAACAAUGGCCUCUAUUCCAAAAAACAACCUUAUCAAUAUGGUAAACUGUACCUGACUGGAAUCCUGUUGUCUGUUGCAGUCAUAUACUUAAUGGAUGAAUAUUUUUGCCUAGAAUUUGGCAACUUUGAUUGCUUGAUUGUUGAUGACUGAUUGCAUAUAGCUGCUGUUAGUGCUGCAUACCUUCCCCACUGGGGUGUUUGUAGCGUUACUGUGCAAGCUUAUCUGAUUUAUGUUAUUUAUAAUCUCCACAUACCUUUUCUUCAUUUGCGUAUUUAAGCCUGUAAAAAUGAAUUAAAGGCUCCUGAACAGAACUCAAUUUUUUUGUAUUUACUUUGAAAUAAAAGUUCUUGUUAAUAAUA